AUGUGCAAUACCCAUCAUACUCGCUGUUUCCUGUUCAUGCCUUUCACCUGCGUUUCGUCACACACUGUGCAGUACGAGGCACUUGCUGGGUACAGUGCCGUCAUAGACCGUCUGGGUGAACUGCAAGAGGCCAUGGACUCCUACAUCGCUGAUGAGCCUGAGGAGGGGAAGGAGGGGAGGUCAAGGAUAUUGCUGACAGAGGGUAGGACAGGGGUUGAUGAACAGCUGCCUCUGCUGGAAAUUAGAGACUUGACACUCACCACCCCUGACCAGCAGAAAACACUGGUCAAGGAUUUGAGUUUGCAGGUCCACAAGCGAAAGUCGCUGUUCGUCACUGGGCCUAGUGGCGCUGGCAAGACAUCCCUGUUGAGAGCGAUCGCAGGGCUGUGGACUUAUGGCGAGGGUAGCAUAGCAUUGUGUGGCGAACGGAUCGGCGGCUCCUCCCAAGAUGGCGAUGUCAUGUUUGUUCCCCAGCGGCCGUACAUGGUGCUGGGCACACUCAGGGACCAGCUCUUAUACCCAACGUGGUCCAGCAUCGCUGAAGGGAACAACCCUGCUGAUGGUGGCACAGACAAUGGGUCUGGACAUGAUGGGAGCAGGCCUGUGCCCAGCGAUGAUGCCCUGAAGUCUGUUUUGAGCACUGUUUACCUUGGAGAGGUUCUGGAGAAGUGCAAAGAAGGCUUUCCGGACAGGGACCCUCUUGAUGUGAAUGCAGACUGGGCGGCAAGACUGUCCCUGGGGGAACAGCAGCGGCUUGCCUUUGCACGAGUUCUUCUUGCCAAUCCCAGGCUUGUACUCAUGGAUGAGUCAACGAGUGCACUGGAUUUUGAAAACCAGAGCCGGUUGUACAAGGAACUACAGUCCCAUGGGAUCACGUUUGUGAGUGUUGGCCACCGGCCCAGCCUCAAAGACUUUCAUGAAUACACUCUGCAACUCAUGCCCCCAGACAAUGGCCGGUCACCUGGGGCAUGGAUUCUCCAAAAGUCGACAAGCAACACUGUCUCGUUGUAA